UUUUUAAACGAUGCUUGUUUGGUAUUUUAGUCUGUUUGAGUUGUACCAGCGACCUUUUGUUUCAAGAAAUGUAAAGGAAAGUCCUUUAUAGUGCCUUUACAAGCAACAUGGGGUAUUACAAACGGCUGUUCGUGAAAGGCAUAUGAACCAAUGUGUAAUAGCCUACACUCGUCUUUUUAAAUAAUACAUACACGGUAUAGUCCACCGUAAUAUGGAAAAUAGGAUUUCCUUUUUGGUUUAUUUAUAGUUCGUGUAGGCGGGAUAUGUGCAAUUCAAUCACUACUUUGCAUCUAAUUUGUGACGAGUCGCUAGUUAUGUAAUUAUUCGCAUAACUUAGCUGACCUGAGUAAUGUUAAUUUUUGGUGAAACAUAGGUAGCCAAUGCCGGUAUACUAGUUACUGCAAUGAAGCGCGAUAGACAGUGUUUUAUUACAGGAUUUGCUUUUAAGUUGGUUUAUUAUAUAACAGUGCAAUACCGUUUGUAACGUUGCCUCGAGAUAAUCGAAAUCUAUGCACGAGAAACGGUAAACACGCUAGUACUUUACACGACCUAACGUUGUUAGGGAAGUGCAGCCAGCGCAGGUAUUUCAAACCAACUCAAUAGCGAUACUUCGCUUUAAUCAAUGUGUAAAGUUAAUCUAAUAUGUUCUUUAAAUAUCUAAGUGAAGUUUGUUGCUUGAGUCAAUAAAUAUGUACAAGUUCAUUUAAACAGUUAAUUUAUAUAUUAGUUGUCAGUUAUCAGCACCAAACGUUUUUAUCAGUCUAACAAUGUAUUGCAAGUAUGUCACUAUAAUCCUACUCAUAAGUAUGUUUAGUUAUGUUGUUUAUGGAGGUGGCACCAACAUUACUCAACCUACUACCGUGGUUAAUGAAACAACUACUUCCAUUAUAAGAAACAUCACACAAAGUUUGAGCAUAAUCUGUGAAACAUCGAAUCAAGUACAAUCUUCCACAUUUACAUGGUUAAAGGAUGGAAGAUUGAGAUCUUCUUCAGCAUGUCUUGUACUUUACAAUAUAUCCUCCACAGAUGCUGGCUUGUAUUCUUGCAAUACAACCAAUGAUUUUGGAAACUUUUCCUCAUCUUUAUACCUUAAUGUACAUACUCCGUUGGUAUUUACAACAGUACAAACAACAGUUCCCACAACUGGUGCUACACCACCACCCAUCCCACCACCAGAUAACUUGGGUGUUAUAAUUGGAGCUGCAGUUGGUGGGGUGGUGGCUUUUAUAUUGAUCAUCAUUCUUGUUUAUCGACUUUUUAUUGAACCAAACAAAGGAAAACAAAUUGAUAAAGUGACUUCCCAAGACAUCAAUACAUACCCAGCUGGUUAUGAAUAUGCUGGCAUCAAUCUUCCUAAUGAAGUUACUUACCAGAACUUGAACCGAGCAGAUAUCAUUGAUCCAAGCUCAACAAAUUAUGAAAACAUGAGAAACAACGUAUCAGUUAAACGAGUUGAAGAAGGUUAUGUUGAACUGAAACAUCGGGAUCCUCAUGGACAGGUUGUAACCAGUGGUGAGAAUGGUGGGUAUGAAACAGCUGUGGUUAGAGUGGACAAGGAACCAGAAUACACAAGUAUGACAUCACUUCCUGCACCUUAUGAUCAAAUCCAAUAAAACUUCACAACACUAAUUAAUGUCACUAAUUAUGUUGUUGCGAACCAAAUCAAAAACUAGAUAUUCACAAAGACACAUGUGUGGUAUAGCUGGUAAACAGCCAUGAGGUGAAUGAACAAAACAGCUUUGUUAUAACUUUUAAAAUUGGCUUGCUUUGUGAAGAUAGGUUAGUUAUUAAGCGUUUGUGUUAACUAUACUAAGGCAUUGCCAUUAUGUAAUAUUAGCUUGCUGCAUCUAUUGUGCAUAACCAUGCAAAAUAUUUCCUUCUGUGGGAAGUGAUGAAGUCAGAUGUUGAUUAAUGACUUUAGGAAGUAGGGGAAUUAUCUAAACUAAGUUUGAUUUGGUACUCAGAAUUUUUAAGGAAGUUCCUGUUAUGUCCUAAGGUAUAU